AAAAAACAUAACAAUGAAAGUUUCAAAUUUAUUAUUCAUUUGUCUAUUCCUAUUCACUUUUGCUUACAAGUUGACUGUUGCCUCUAGCACUUCCAACAUGCUACAACCAGUCAAUUUAUUUCAGAAGAGAACAUCUCAAGCAGUGUGCACAUGUCCUAGAUGUCCAGACAAAAUUAACAUCAACAAUUUCUUGUUCUCAACUGAGGUGAAUUGUCCCACCAAGUGUCCCACAGGCUAUUACGUCAAUGGAAUGGAUCUCUUGAUUUCACCAUUUAAUGACUACCAUACCUACAUUAUUGAAACUACAUCCACUGACACUUCAAACAAAAUUAAUGACUUGUCAAAAGAUCAAACCAGAUACAAUCUUGGAGAUUGUUUCAGUGCCUCUACUUCCUUAAAUCUUGAUACCACUGAUUACACUACCAAGAUUACAUGUAAGAAUGCCAUUACUCAAUGCUCAGUUCAAGUGAAAAAUGUUUGUUUUUGCUCCAAAUCCCCUUCAAAAUUGGUUAUUAUUGCUCCUUCUCUUGUUGUGACUGGAUCUAAAUACACACCUGAAGUAAGAAUUGUUGACAAUGAUGGAAAUAUAGUUCCAAGAAACUAUCUCAUUGAAUUCAUUUCACCUGGUCAAUCCUAUACUUCUAUGGCAUCAAAUGGUAUCAUGAAAGUUAAUGAACUUAUUGCCCCAAGCUCUGGUACUGUUACAUUAAGAGCUUCUAUCAGUUCUCUUUCAGGUUCUGCUCCUUCAUUGACUUCUGCUGAGUUUACUGUCACUGUCACUCAAUCCUUAUUCACAUGUUAUGGUGCUUCACCUUCCAACAGUUCUGUUUGUAGUGGUAAAGGAACAUGUACUGCUCAAGAUGUUUGCUCAUGUUUCACAGGAUACAGUGGUAGUAAAUGUGAAACAUUCUCCUCAACCACUCAAGUUUCCAGCAUUAAACUCUCAGUUCCCUCCACUGUGAAUAGUGGUUCUCAAUUUACUGCAACUGUUUCAAUGUUGGAUUCAAGUGGAAGUACCAUGAAAUCAGGUUCAGGAACUAUCACUUUGGAUAUUGUUGGUGCAUCUUCUGAUGUUACAAUGGUUGGUGAUAAGUCCAAAGUGGCAGGUGAAGGUGUUGCUUCAUUCUCUGUUCAAUUGUCAACAUUGACAUCAACUUCGAUCUCUCUAAAGGCGAACUAUCAAACACUUUCAGAUACCAAAUCAGUUAAUGUGGAUAUAUCCAGGACAUCUCAAUGUGCUGCCAUUUGGAGUUAUCUUUUCACAAUAACCUUUUUUGUAAUUUUAUUUAUUAUCUAAUAAUAAUAAUAUUGCAUUAAAUAAAUUUAAUAUUACAAAAUUUAAUUAU